AUGGCGCCAGCUCUGCCGCAGUACUGGUGGAUUCUCGCCAUCACCACCGUCGCCUUCUGUCUGAGUGCCUUUGGCAAUGGCGCGAACGACGUGGCGAAUGCCUUUGCCACUUUGGUGGCAGCGCGCUCUCUGACCAUGGCCCAGGCGGGCAUCGUGUCCGUCAUUGCAGAGUUCUUUGGCGCCGUCGUCCUGGGAUCCCGCGUGACUGACACAAUCAAGAACGGCAUCAUUGGACUCGAUCGCUUCCGCAGCAACCCUGCCGCCCUCCUCGUCGCCAUGGGCAGCGCCGAGAUAGCUUCUGCGACCUGGCUUCUCACUGCCACAAAGCUCGGCUUCCCCGUGUCCACCACCCACACAAUCGUAGGUGCCCUCGUCGGAGCGGGCAUUGGCGAACAGUCAUCUAUCACCUGGGAAUGGAAGGAGGGCAGCGUAUCCCAGAUUGCUGCUUCAUGGGUCAUCUCCCCGCUCAUGGCCGUGUCCGCCAUCUUGUUUGCCACGCUCAAGUACGCCCUCCUAAUCGAAACGCCCGGCGCCCCUUCGCUGGAGGAUCUGGGUGCAGGUGUCGCCUGCGGCAUCAUGUUCGGCACCUUCUUUGGCGUCCUGGCGCUCUCUCACGUCUUCUUCAGACCGUACUUUCACCGCGUCGUCAUCCUCGCCGAUCCACGGAUCCGCCCUUGGCAUUUACCUCUCGGCCCGCUCCUGUGGCGGGAGAAUCCGCCCCUCUACUUCCCGGGCAAAGAAACCAUGCUGGUCGACCACUACCAGAGCGCACACGACAAGACGUCCACAGACGGAAACCAGCCGUCCGUCGUCGACCAAAACACCUCGAGCACGGGUACGGGAAUGGUUGCAAGCGAGACACGGACCCCCAAGCAGGUCCCAGAAGAAGGCAAUGCCCCUGGGGACCUGGAGGGCCAGUCCGCAGCGGCCAACCUGCGUCCCAUGAAACGCCAGCCGGAGCCGGAAGAACGCUUCCUCGGCCCGACGGAUCAUCUCCCCUUGUAUCAUCCGAGGAGGAUGGGCAGCUACGUUGUCUACUUUCUGCUGCAGGGUGUCACUCGGGACUGUGUCACGCACUCAUCGGCGCAUCUAGGAGCGGUGCACAGCAAGGCGCCCCAGUACGACAACCGCAUCGAACAUCUUUGGACGUACGCCCAGGUCACGAGCGCCGUUAUGAUGUCAAUUGCCCACGGCUCUAACGAUGUUGCCAACGCCGUUGGCCCCUGGGUGGCAGUGUACGAAACAUACACGACUGGAGAGGUUGGCGAGGACAAUGACACACCUGUCUGGAUCCUUGCGAUUGCUGGUCUGCUGCUCGGGCUGGGGUUCUGGUUCAUGGGACACCACAUAGUCAGGGCACUCGGUAAUAAGAUCACCCAGCUCAGCCCAACCAGGAGUUACGCGAUGGAGCUCGGGGCAGCCAUCACUAUCUUGCUUGCCAGCCGCUUGGGGCUGCCCGUGAGCACUACGCAGACGUUGACCGGGGCUGUUGUCGGCGUUUCUCUGAUGAAUCUGGACCUUGGCGCCACGAAUUGGAGGCAGCUCGCCUUCAUCUUCUUGGGCUGGGUCCUGACCCUUCCAUGCGUCGCCACAAUCGCCGGACUGCUUACGGCCAUGAGCCUCAACUCCCCAAGGUUCGACUGA